UAAAACAUGAGUUCCCAGCAGCAGAAGCAGCCCUGCACUGUACCCCCUCAGCUGCAGCAGCACCAGGUGAAACAGCCUUGCCAGCCUCCACCCCAGGAACCGUGUGGCCCCGCAACCAAGGAUCCCUGCCACCCCAAGGUGCCUGAGCCAUGCCACCCCAAAGUGCCAGAGCCAUGCCAACCCAAGGUGCCUGAACCAUGCCAACCGAAGGUACCCGAGCCAUGCCAAUCUAAGGUGCCUGAACCAUGUCAGCAGAAGACAAAGCAGAAGUAAAGUGAUCUAUCACUGCACUCAUGCGGAGCCAGCUGCCGGGUGCUGAAUCUCUUAUCCCCUUCUGCAUAUAAGUCCCAUUCUCUUAUUGCCCUUACAGUCAGCAUGAUGUCACUAUGAGUCAUACCUUUUCCUUCUUUGCACGGGUUCCUUAUACUCACUCUGGAGGGUUCUGGAGCCUCUGAAGAAGGCUGAAGUUCUCACUGGGUGAACUGGUAUCCUAGCUGCUCAGCAUAUAUUGGCAAAGGAGUUUUGAAGAGAUCAAGUGAAUC